CAAUUCCAUCUUAAUCUUCAGGAUUCACACGUGAUAGCCAGGCAAACCGGCACAUUCCGUAGCAAUUGCAUCGACUGUCUCGAUCGGACUAAUGUGAUCCAAUCUAUGCUGGCCUGGUGCGCGCUCGAACAAGCUCUGGUCACAUUGGGUGUUCUGGACACGACCAUGCGAUCCAAAUCGGCCUCGGCUAGUUCCACAUCUGCGCUGGCCAAACUUUGGCCUCAGUUUGGUCCACGAUUUCGUGCAGUUUGGACUGACAAUGCGGACUAUUGUUCGCUCCAGUAUUCCGGAACUCGGGCACUGAAGACCGAUUUUACCAGAACCGAUGCCUCCUGUUUACGCCACUCAUCGAAUAUCACUCAGUGUUUUACCAUCAAGGCCAGAGAUCCAGAAGCUAUAGAAUUUUUAAAACCAAAAUCCCUUUUACACUUAGCCGCGUUCAGUGUCCGCAAGCUCUAUCAGAUUGGCCAACAAGCUGCCCUGGCUAAAACUCUCGAAACCUUCAAUGUAGAUGUAUGUUGUGUCUCCGAAACACGCAUACAAGACCCCACUUCCAUUAUCCCCCUGCGUUCUCCUGAACCAACCUCAACCUCACGCUUCACUCUUCGUGUGUCAAGCGAUUCGGCAUCCGAAGCUCGCGGUGUUGCUGGUGUCGGGAUUGCGCUAAGUGCCAAGGCUGAGCGCUCGCUUCUUGACUGGAUUCCGGUCAGUAGCCGAUUGUGCGCUGUACGUCUCAACGGUUCAGUUCGAGUCAACAGCUACAGAAUGAAGCGUCGAUGCUUGUUCGUCGUAUACCAAUAUACCUGA